GUCUGUUUCCAGUAUGGCCAGUGAUAUUCUCAGCAGUACAUGAACUGUCAAAGAAGAAGAGUGAUGUGUAUACAAGAAAGCAUGGAGAAAUUAUUUCUAUACGCGCUGGUUUUGUGUUGGAAGAUCAUUUUGUGCACUUCCUGCCAGCUAUCUAACAUCACCAUUGUGCUGGAGAAGGAAGAAUGCGGUGCCUGUGUCUCUGUAAAUACAACUUGGUGCUCAGGAUAUUGUGAAACAAAGGAUCCAAAUAUAAUGCACCCCCACAAGUCUGAAAAACAACAAGUCUGCACGUACAAAGAGAUCACUUAUGAAAUGGUGAAAAUUCCUGGCUGUCCCGAGAAUGUCAAUCCCUUCUACACUUAUCCGAUGGCGGUUGAUUGUCAUUGUGGAAGGUGCGACUCUGAAACUACUGACUGCACAGUGAGAGGCUUAGGGCCUACUUACUGUUCCCUCAGCCAAGACUGAACGUCGAAAAUUAUACCUUACAAAAUAAUGUAAAGAGCAAUUCUAUCUAAAAAUGCUGAAACAACGGGGCAGCUGAGCCCUUUGCCCCUUUGCCUCAAUUAAGCUCUGCUUGGCGGAUCCUCGGAAGUGCAAACUGAGCCAUUUAUGGAUCCAUAGAAACACCACAUGCUUCACCUCUCCGAGUAUCAGGCGAGCACAGCUGAAGGGGUGCAACACUCAGCUGAGCACUUCAAACCCAGUCAAACCGAUUCAGCACAAAGGAUUGGGUCCUAGAGGUGGUAUAUGGCAUAUCCUUUGGGAAUAUCUCUUUAAAGUGACCAUCCAGCAAAACCUAAUAUUCCCCUCCCAGCUUAAGCAUAAUAUGGGUAUACGACUGCCAUGUUCCCCCUUCUUAUUAAGCACUCUUUUUUCACAAUAGGAUGCCGUCUUCCGUCCCGUGCUGGAAGUAACGUGAUUAGUGUAACUCUAGGAGACUAUUGGUGAGACUUACAGAGUUACAUUAAGAAAGUGACUUCUAGUCUACACACAGACCUCAGUGUGAAUCGGCAGCGGGGAAUGGAAAUAAUGUCCUGUCAUGAAAAUUAAACACCCAGUAAGAGCAGGGCCGCCGUUUACCUUAGCCAUGCUUAUGCUGGGUGGGAAAUAUAAUUUUGCGCUAAAGUGGCCCUUUAAUUGCUAGAUUAUUCAUAACCCUUAAUACCAUGCACGUUUAGAUAAGCAUCUAGCGCUUUCUAAAUGCUGUCGUAGUAUCUAACAUUACUCCCUCUUCGUGUAAACUCCAUAGUUUGACUACUCUAAAUGUAAAGAGCCCUUUCCUAUGCAAAAGUCUGAAUUAUCUCUCUCUACAACUAAUGAAUGACCCUGGUCUUUUAUAAAGAAUUCUUUGUAAUAACAUAUACUUUUUUUUUCGAGCUGAAAAAAUACAAUUUUAUUAGCCUCCUUACCCACCUUGAAAUCCCUUCCCACUCUCCUAUAUCCUUAUUACAGUGCAGAGCCCAAAGUAAACACUGUAUUUGAAAGAUUUGUAAAACAGUAAAAUGAUAUUGAGACCAAAGGUUUUUAUAUCUCUUGUUAUACAUCCUAGAUCUCACUCGAUAGUCUCUGUAACUUGUACUGCAGUGCAGUAGUUACCAAUAAUUGAAACAAGGGAAUAAACUAAGAAGCAACUCAACUGAACUUCAACAUUUUGACUUGAGAGAAAAAGGCGAAAAAGCAUUAUUACAGUCAAAUCUCCCUUGGCGGACACCUCCCAAUAAGUGAUACCUCCCAAUAGCGGACAGUUUGCAAUUCCCCGGUAGAGUCCUAUAAGACUUAAUGUAUUAAUGCACCCUCUGAUUAGGAGACACUCCCAAUAGUGGACAUGUACAAACCUUAUAGGGGACAAAACACUCCCAAUAGAGGACAAAACACACCCAAUAGCCUAUGACAGCCUAUGUGCCAGUGUGCCAGCCUUGUACAGAGGGCCACCGUCAGGGAGAUACAGCCAAUACAUCAGUAAGGGGCCCAGGCUCCAAGGGGAUCCUGACCCCAGCUGCACCCCCCUGCAAAAGCCCCAGAACAGAAGCAGAAGACUCCUGUAUAAAAAGUGGUCUCCUGCUUCUGUCCGUCCACGGCCACAUAAUUCGCCCCAACACCCCGUGCCACUUUAUUCCCCCUGUGCCAAAUCCUCCCCUCUGUAUUACACCCUGUGCCACAAAAAUUUCUCCUUGAUCCCCCCCCCGUGCUAUUUAAUUCCCCUUUUAUUACCCUUUGUGUAAAUUCAUCAUCCCCUCUUUACCACCCCCUGUGCCAUUUCAUCCCACCUGUGACAUUUAAUCCCCCUUUAUCCCCAUGUGCCACCUUACUCCCCCUCUGCCAAAUUACCCCCCACACAGAUGGGAUCAAGGGGAAAUUAUGUGGUACAGGGGUAAGGGGGGAUGAUUUGGCAUAAGGCACAGGGGGGAUAAAGUGGCACAGGGUAUAGGGGGGGUACAGGGGGUUGAUAAGGGAUGAUUAAACGGCACUGGGAGAUUCUAUUGUAAUAUUGCUUUCUAUCAUGUUUUUUAGGUAAUUUUUGUAUUCGGUCAUUUAGAAAGGUUUUUAAGCAUUUUUUUCCAAUAGGGGACAUCUCUCAAUAGCGGACACUUUUUUAUUCCCCGUGAGUGUCCACUAUUGGGAGAUGAUUCUACUGUACAAGAUUUUUAGGUAGAAUUGCACUUUAAAACUUUCAAAAAGCAGCAUACUAAUGUAUAGAUAUAUGAAAUGCAACUCUCUGCAUCACUUUAAUGCAAUAUAUGUCUCUCAUAUGCAGAAUAUACGUUUGUUUUAGUUUGCAUUAUGUUCUUGUUUCUAUAUAAUGAAUGGAGUUUAUCAAGUGGUGCAUUUUUAUGUAUAAGUAGAUAAAAACUG